AUGGUGGCAACAGACAGCAGCGACAGGUCGAGCAAGAGGAGGAAGACGGAGGGAUCAGACAAGGGAGGAGGAGGAGGAGGAGGAAGAGGAGAGGGGGGAGAGGACGGGUCAGGCCAGUCACGAGGACGGAAGGGGGUGUGCGAACACGGGCGGCAGCGAUCGAGAUGCAAGGAAUGCGGGGGCGGCAGCAUAUGCGAGCACGGGCGGCGGCGAUCGAGAUGCAAGGAAUGCGGGGGCGGCAGCAUAUGCGAGCACGGGCGGGUCCGAUCGGGAUGCAAGGGAUGCGGGGGCAGGAGCAUAUGCGAGCACGGGCGGGUCCGAUGGAGAUGCAAGGGAUGCGGGGGCAGGAGCAUAUGCGAGCACGGGCGGCAGCGAUCGGGAUGCAAGGAAUGCGGGGGAAGCGGUAUAUGCGAUCACGGACGGCAGCGAUCGAGAUGCAAGGGCUGCGGGGGCAGCAGCAUAUGCGAGCACGGGCGGGUGCGAUCGAGAUGCAAGGAGUGCGGAGGCAGCAGCGUAUGCGAGCACGGACGGCAGCGAUCGGGAUGCAAGGAGUGCGGGGGCAGCAGCAUAUGCGAGCACGGGCGCGUCCGAUCGAGAUGCAAGGGAUGCGGGGGAGGCAGCAUAUGCGAGCACGGGCGGCAGCGAUCGAGAUGCAAGGAAUGCGGGGGCAGGAGCAUAUGCGAGCACGGGCGGCAGCGAUCGGGAUGCAAGGGAUGCGGGGGCAGCAGCAUAUGCGAGCACGGGCGGCGGCGAUCGAGAUGCAAGGGAUGUGGGGGCAGCAGCAUAUGCGAGCACGGGCGGGUCCGAUCGGGAUGCAAGGAGUGCGGGGGAGGGAGCAUAUGCGAGCACGGGCGGCGGCGAUCGCAAUGCAAGGGCUGCGGGGGCAGCAGCAUAUGCGAGCACGGGCGGGUCCGAUCGGGAUGCAAGGGCUGCGGGGGCAGCAGCAUAUGCGAGCACGGGCGGGUCCGAUCGGGAUGCAAGGGAUGCGGGGGCAGGAGCAUAUGCGAGCACGGGCGGCGGCGAUCGGGAUGCAAGGGAUGCCGCUGA